AUGCCUGUCAUAACUCGUGCUGCAGCAUUACGGUCGAAGAUAAUUGGUGUUUCAGACGCUUCACUUGAUGAAGCAACAUUACCUGCUACAUCCGUGACAAAGUCUACUGCUAAAACUACUAGGACAUGUGGAUUAAAACAGAAACAGAAAGAAAGAGCAGCAGAUUCGACAAUAAAUUGCAGUAAACCAGAAACAGGCUUUGAAUCACAACAACAAUCAUCAAUUUCGAAAACUGAAUCUGUUCUUCAAGCUAAUGUUAAUUCAGAUGAUGAAGAAACAACAGUAUUAUUACCAUCACCUGAUCAAACAGCAGCAACGUUUGUUACAAAAUCAUCAACAGAAAAUAGUGAUCACUCUAUAGUUUCAUUAGAUUCAUCAAAUAAUAAUGAUAUAGUUGAAUCGGAAGGUGAUGCUGAUGUUUUCCUAAAUGUACCAGUAGUUAAAGGAGAAAUAAUAUCAGGUACUUCAAUUCGAAAGGGUAAAAUGAUCUUCAUGAAUGGCUUUAGUUAUUUGUAUAUGAGCACAGCAAAAGAAACCAUCGGUUGGCGUUGUGCCAGACGAAAUGUAAAUUGUAAAGCAGUGAUACAUACUUUAAAAACAACAGGUGAAUUUAGUCGUUGGAAUGGUAUAUUUCAUUAUCAUACAGUUGAUCCAAAUGAAGCACGUAAACGAGAAAUUUUGGGUACCAUCAAAAAGAGAGUCUUGGAUGAACAUAUUCCUGUCAAAAUCAUCAUUGAACAAGAAUAUAGAAAAGCCAACUUAUCAACAGAAGAAAAACGAAUAAUACCUCUGCCAUCGAAAAUUGAAUCUGGCCUUCAUAAAACCCGACGAAGAGCAUUACCACCUGUACCACGUGAUCAAAAAUUUGUUGUACCACCUGUUUAUUUAGAAACCUAUUCCAAAGAGCCUUUCUUGAUUUAUGAUAAACGAAAAAGUCAAUAUGGUGGACGUUUAAUGAUGUUCGCUUCGCCGGAACAAUUGGAUGUUCUCUUUCAUUCGGACAUAUUAUUCGCGGACGGCACUUUUCGUGUGUCGCCUAUCUUGUUCGAACAAUUGUAUGUUCUUCUUGGAAUGCAGCAUGGAGAAGCUGUACCAGUCUGUUUUAUUUUGACUUCUAAUCGACGUCAUGAAACCUAUGAAGCUAUUUUGCGUUGCUUACGAAGGAUUGGAUCGAAGAAAGGAAUUGACUUGAAACCAAGAAGUAUCAUUUGUGAUUUUGAGAGAGCUUUCAUGAAAGCUGUUGCAAAACAACUACCAGAAACACUCGUUACUGGAUGCUGGUUUCAUUUUUGCCAGUCUUGCUAUCGGAAUAUUCAACAACUUGGUUUAAUGAAGGUUUAUGAUACUGAUGCUGAAGCAAGACAUUUAUUGCGUGCUUUCAUGGGUUUGGCCUUAUUACCAAUGAAUCUUAUUCAUGAUGGUUUUAUAAUGUUAAAGAAAAAAGUCAAAACGUCUUGUUAUCGAAAUCAAUUAGAAGUGUUCGUAUCAUACUUUAAAAGCGAAUGGAUUGACCAUUUUAAACCUUCAAUGUGGUGUGUCAGUAACAGCAGAUGGCGAACGAACAAUUUCGCUGAAGCCCAAAAUAGAAGAUUUUUCUCACGUCUUGUACAGCCACAUCCAAAUCUGUGGCGAUUUAUACAAUGCUUGAAAGAAGAGGAGAGUGUUGUGUCUCAUAGAAUGGGUCAAACUGGUUUAGGUUUUUCUUCAACUAGACCAUCAAAAUCAACACGUUUGGCAGCACNUAAAGGUCCCAAAGCUGUUUAA